GCGACCAGCCGAGUCUUGGCUUUCCGUUACGCGAAAAUCCUGCGCGAACACGUCACUCGUCAACUUCCCGCAACGGCCCGCUGCCACAAAGCGCAACACCAACAACGCCCCUGCACACCGAAGAAGCAGUCAGGCUAGCGAACUCAACGCGACUCACCGACCAUCCAUCUUUCGCCCCCUCCGCCCGCCGGCUAACGCCAAUUCUACUGAUUCGCCAUCGACUGUGCAGACCGACGUGCACAGCCGACCAUCAUCUCGCCUCGGGGUUCACGCAGGAAACUUUAUGCAAUCAGGGCUGAUCGACACUCCAAACCACGACCAGCACACAGCCAGCGCCCAUCUUUCCCUGCCCACCACCGCUCAACAUGGCUCCGAUCGCUCCCGCUCAGGCUUGCCCGGCGCAAGUUGCUCCCCGCCGUCGCACGCCCGGAGGCCGUCUUCGGGUGCAGCGUCCGUCGGCGACGGCGACGCCGCCCUCAAUGACGGCCUGCUCGACCGAGCCCUUGGCCGGUUGAGUAUUGCCGAGUCGCCCAAGUCCGCUGCAGCCGCCACCCACGUGAUUGUCGCUGGCCAACGCAUUGCCGACUACGAGAAUGCUUUGAUUGCCUCGUUGCCUCGCCGCAGCACCAGCACCCGCCCGACCUUGGGCUUCAAGGUCACCGGCAGCGCGCGGUCUGACGGCGUGCAGCUGACCGACUUCCCAAACGAGAUCCUGACUCAGAUCCUGUCCCACCUCCACCCGGAUUCGCACGCCUCCGUAGCCCUGGUUUCGAAGCGCUUCUACGCGCUCGUCACCACGCCCUACGCAUGGCGCGCCGCUUUCCUGCGAUACUUCGCGGGGCAGGACUCCGUCCCGGGGCAAGCGAAAGCCACCCAGCAGGCGAGAGAGGCCGAGUCCUCCGAUGUCAUCCGGUCCGAGGUCCGCUACUUCACGCGCCUGACCCCCCUCGCCUCGUGGCGGAGCGAGUACUUGCUUCGGACGCGCCUGCUGCGCAGCGUGGCGCGUGGCAAGCCGGGCAGCAUCGGGUCGUCCACCCGAUCCAGCCAGUCCGGGAAGAAGGCUGGCGCGGUCCUGACCUACAACUCGAAGCUUCCGUGGAUGAUUAGCCAUGUCCAUGCUGAUUUCACCGGUGGGAAAAAGGGGCCCAGGGUGAUUCACGGAACCCGCGACCUUGGUGUGGCCACAGUCAGCGACCCUUCCACCGGCAGGAUCGAAAAAUGGGGUCUGGACGACCCCUUCUCGUUCCAGCAGCUCGACGAGGUGUUUCCCAGCCUAGAGUUUUACGGCGCCGGCGACGGCCCGGCAGCUGUGCCCAACGUCAUGGACGUGAGCCAGCCGUUUGGCUUCGUCGCCGGUGAAGGGUUUCCCGGGGGGCGCCUGUACUUCAAGGCGGCCGGGCAGCUGCGCGGCCACUACCUCGGCCAUGACGACAGCGUCCUUGAUUCGACGCCUGAAAUUCCGAAAAUUCCGGGUUCGAUUGAUGCGAUCAGCGCUGUUUGGAUCGCUAAGUCGUCCAACGUGACGUCGACAACGCAAUCCAUGGUUGGCAUCAUGGCUGGGUCCACGCUCGGGGUGGUGACGUCUUAUGCCCUCGGCCGGGACUCCGCCGGUUCGCGUUAUGCGGACGGGGACAUGACCGCUCGCUGGGUCCUCAGUCCUGGCGUCCCCAUCAUCGACAUCAAGGUGGAUGACCAGUACAACCUGCGACGGAAGGCUCUCGGCCGAGUCUGGGCUGUCGCGUUGAAUGCCUUGGGCGAGGUUUACUGCCUGACUGAAGUCCCCAGUCCUCGGGUCCGGAAGGGAAAAGCCGAGGCUAUGGUGAAAGACGCGUGGGAUGCAGGCCGCACCGCAUACUGGGAGCUGAUCGAGCCCACUCGACGGUCCGCAAGACCAGAUGAGUUAGAUAAGAAUGCCGUCGCGGGGACGUAUUCCCCGAGAUCGUCUGCCAACGCAAUGAACCUGAGCAGAGACCAGGUUGCGGCCGAGGCCAGGGAGAUCGAGCAGUUCUUCCGACACACGCCUGCCCACUUCCGAAAGGCCUGCGAGGGCUGGGACAUGCUGCGUAGGCUCGAGGUUGACUUUGCUGCCGGAGGUGAAACCGGAGGCGGGGAAGCAAUCUUUGUGAUCACCUGCGGCAACGAAGAGGGCCAGCAUGCCUCUGUACGGCGAUUCGUCAAGGGCGCCAACCCGACCGUGAAAUCGAGCCCAUCUGGAGCCUUGACCCCGGUUGCGCAGCCCCUGGCCGCUCGCGCUUCGAUUUUUGGAGGAACCGGGCCGCUUGAGGUGUCCCCGUCGACGCUUCAUAUUGGAAGCAACGGAAACGGCGAAUCGCCACGGGCGUCUGGGAUGAGCACCCCACGCCUUGACUCCAUCAUGGAGAAGGACUACGAAGACGAAUGGCGCUGCAGCGAACUUGUGUUCAAGCAUAAUUCCAGCACAGAGAUCACCGCCACCGCAGUGGACAUGUCCAUGUUUGCCGUCAUGGCAGCCUUCGAGGAUCCUCUACUCUCAGGAUCCGAGGCUGGCGGUGCCAGUUCUCCCGCCACCCCGACUUCCAAGCAUGCCACCGGUGAGAUUCCCGGCCGGCGCGCGCGGCUACUCGCCAUUGGAACCAACACAGGCUCCGUCGUCGUGUGGAACAUGCGUGACACAGCCCACCCUGUCGUGCACCCCCUGAGGGUCAUACAGACCGAGUCGCCCGAGAUUACCAGCCUCGCCGUGUCAGCGCUGUACGUCGUUCACGGCGGCAGCGACAGCCUGGUCCAGGCCUGGGACCCCCUCGCGUCGUCCCUCGAGCCGAUCCGCACGCUCAAUGCCAAGUCAUCGGGCCGCAUCCCGCGGCACAUCCUCCAAGCUAACCCGGCGCUGCAGCACGCCAACUACUUCGCCGUGCGCGCCAUCGCCCUCGACCCGGACCCGGCCGUCCUGCGCGGCGUCCUCGCCUACGGCACCUUCGUCCGCUUCUGGUCCUACAGCUCGGCCGACCAACCGCCCGGCCGCAAACGACGUCUCCGCCACUCGGACAUCCACGGCCGCCUCGCCAGCCGCCGCCACAACGGCGCCGUGUCGAGCUACAUCGCCGCCGAGGAGGCCGAGCUGCUCCUCGAGGAGGAGCACCGCGCCCGCGAGCUCGACCGCCUCCGCAGGCGCUUCGGCGUCGAUGUCGGCGCCGGCGGUGUCGCCGGCCUGACCGAGGACGAGGCGCUGCAGUACGCGCAGAUGAUCUCGCAGGAAACCUUCCUGCUCGAGGAGCAGCGCCGGCUGAGCGCGGGCGAUACCACCGCCUCGUCUGAGGAGGGGGCGACCACCACGACCGAGACGGCCAGCUCGGCGACGGGGAACACGGUCACGCCAGAGCCGAGCCUGGCGGGCAACAGCACUUACGUCAUUGCGGGUGGGCCCAGCCGGGGCGGGUUGGCGGUGCUUGGGGAAGAUGAGGUGCCUCGAGUGGAUGGUGGUGAUAAUGAAUUCGAGGCGCAGCUCCAGCGCGCCAUUCGGCUGUCGCUGCUGGAGUCCGAUGGCAGUAACGGGCAGCCGCCGCCGUCCGGCGUCGGUGGCGGAAGUACGGGGACUGCUAGCUCGUGCGAGUACGAGUACGAGUUCCAGACGAAGCCGACGAAGGGCAGGCGCAAGGGCAAGGGGAAGAAGGGGCUGGCCGCGUCGGCGUCGGCGUCGCCCGGCGGUUCUGGUUCCUCGGGCUCGGCUCUGCCGGGCGCGGCUGGCCAUGGAGCUGCUGAUGUUGCGGGCGGUGAGGUCGGCGUGGAUGCCGAGGACGAUUUGGCGCUUGCGCUGAGAUUGAGUCUGGAGGAAGAGGAGGCGCGGUUGAGGAGGGUGAGGGAGCGGGAGGCGGCGGCGGGCGCGGACGCGGACGCGGAUGAGUACCCGCCUUUGGAGGGCAACGGGAAGGGGAAGGGGAGGCUGGUUUGAGACGAGCGAGCGAGCGUGCCGAUGAGUGGUUGGUUGGUGGCUGGAGAUUGAAGUUGCUGUCGUGUAAUGGGUGCCUGCUGGUGUGCUUUCUUUCUUGAUGCCCUG